AUGCUCGAGCAGGGAAACGAGUACUCCACUCUCACUCAACAUAGCGUUGCCUGGGCCGAAGACCAAGACCCCUUCGGCCAUGUCAUGUUCCAAACCUAUGGUCAUAUCUCCGCUCAGUGCGGCAAUCGUGUCAUCGAAUCCUUCCAGGAGCAUCUUGGAGACAAGUUUCCGGAAUUCAUGACCGCCAAGGGGAUCAGUGCCAUGAGUCGGAGGAUCACGAUAACUGUGAGGAGGGUUGUCAAGUAUCCGGAUUUAGUAAGUUGGUUGCAGAACAGAUAA